AUGGUUCGCUUCUUCCCGAUCCUCGUCGCUCUAUUUUUGGGCCUUGCAGCUGCAGAUGGUCUUUCCGCAUGCUCGGCUGGCUGCAUUAGCCAGGUCUUCUCAGACACGACCAAAUUUGGUUGCGCUGUGAAUGACAAAGUAUGUGCCUGCGGCAGCACUCCUGAUUUCUGGUUCGCCAUCCGCGACUGCAUUACACAGGCAUGUCCCUCGGAUGAUUUGGACCAGCAGCUAUCGGAUGCUCAGGCCGACUCAGGAACGCAGUGCGCUCAGGCAAGUGGAGUGACGCCCACCACCCCAGUCACCACACCACCACCACCUGCUACCACGGCUGAAGCGCCGCCCACUACUGCGAAUGCUGAGCCCUCCACCACCGAGGCAGCAGAAACUGCAACGUCGCCCGUGAGCCCAGCUACGUCGCCCGUAAGCACUGCAAGUGCUGAGACUGUCGCGUCCGCUGCAACCACCGCAACCACCUCGGCUUCAGCUCCUUCGAACUCGGCGACGUCCACCGCUUCUUCACAAUCAGCGGCUGCCACCACGUCGGGCACAAUGCAGUCGGCGACUAGCUCCUCAACCAAGACAGUACCUGGCACUGCAGCAGCAUCUUCGAGCUCAGCUACCUCAGGGGCGGCUGCCGAUACUGAUGACUCCAGCACAGAUGGACUGAGUGUAGCAGCCAAGGCAGGCAUCGGCGCAGGUGCGGGCGCUGCCGUCAUCUUAGCAAUCAUCGUCGCCUGUGUCGUGAUGGCAAGGAAGCGCAAGAACAAGAGUAACCCUUCGCGCAUUCCUACAAUGCAGAUCUCAAAGCCACUGCCAGGUUCAGGACGUCAAUAUGCUGGAGAUAUCGAGGCUGCUAGAAUGGCAGCUUUGUCAACACAGUUUCGUGACGAUCAGCUGACACCGAUCAAAACGGCUGCAUACAAGCCCUCCAUUACUUCUUCGUCGCAGUACUCGCCGACAUCACUGUAUGCACCGUCGGAUUACGACGAGCGCCAAGUUGCUGGUCGCCGCUACGAAGACAUGCUACCUAGAACUCAACCUAGAACCAUGAUCUAG